AUGAGCUCUUCAAUCCCAUCAACUCAAAAAGCAGUCUUGAUCGAAAACCCCGGAAAUGACGCACGUAUAGUUACUCGAUCUGAUAUUCCAGUCGGUAACCCUGGCGAAAAUGAGAUUCUCGUAAAGCUUGGAUUUACUGGUCUAUGUGGCUCGGAAAUACGAGCAUUAUCAGGAUGGGGUCCCUAUAAUCCCAUAGUCGGCCAUGAAGGCGUAGGAACAGUCAUCAAACUCGGCAAAGGCGUUGAUGUAGACAUACUCAACAAACGAGUCGGCGUGAAAUGGCUCUACAGCGCCUGCGGGACCUGCACCAUUUGCAAAAAGGGCUAUGCCAAUAACUGUCCCAAACAGCUCAACACAGGAAAACACGUCCCCGGUACUUUGCAGGAGUAUAUGAUUGCAGAUGCGCGAUACGUCACUAAGAUUCCAGAUGGUCUUGCUGGUGAAGUUGGUGCACCUUUGCUCUGUGCUGGGUUGACGAUAGCUGGUGCUGUGUCGAAGUUGAAAGGAUAUGCUGAGAAGGGUGACUGGGUUGUUAUUUCUGGCUCUGGUGGUGGACUUGGACAUUUGGGUGUUCAGAUCGCUAGUAGGCUGAACGGUCUGCGGGUUAUCGCAGUUGAUACUGGAGAGUCUAGACGGAAGUUGAGUUUGGGUAGUGGCGCUGAGCACUUCAUCGAUUUUGCGAAUGAGAACGUGGAAGAAAGAGUUAAGGAGAUAACGGGAGAGGGGGCAUCGGCUGUCCUGGUAGUGACAGGCUCUCAAGAAGCUUUUGUGCAAGCGCCGAGUUUGGUACGAAACAUGGGCAUCAUCGUCACGAUUGGUUUGCCGAGGAAUGACUUUAACAUCCCUCUCUCUGCAACAAUAUGUUCUGCAAGAUCCCUGACUGUCACCGGUGUCGCGGUUGGCACGGAAGAACAGAUGACAGAACUCUUGCAGCAUGCCCUCGAAGGAACGAUAGUGCCAGAAGUUCAAGUUCUUAAGUUUGAGGAAGUAGGAAAUGUUAUUGAGGGCUUGAAACGGCAGGAGAUUACUGGUAGAGUAGUUGUGAGAAUACCAUAA